AUAUCUCAAAGUUGGAAGACGUACACAAAUUUUGAUAAACUCUAAAUCCAUCGCUCUUAUUCACUCUUUUAGAAGGCAAAAAUGGCAUCCCAGAAGCAGAGCUACGGAGCUGGUGAAGCCAAGGGCCAAGCUGAGGAAAAGGCUGGCCAGAUGAAGGGCUCAAUAGGGGACAGGGCCCAAGACACAACCCAAGCAACAAGGGACAAGACAUACGAGACAGGCCAAGCAGCCAAGGACAAAACCCAGGGAGCUACCUACCAAGUCAAAGACAAGGCCGCAGAGAAGGCAGAGGCUGCAAAACAGAGUGCAGAAGAAGCAGCCCGGAAGGCUAGAGAGACAGCCCAGCAAGGCAAAGAGAAAACCAGUGGGGUGUUGCAGCAGACUGGAGAACAGAUGAAGCACAUGGCUCAGGGUGCUACUGAUGCUGUGAAAAGCACUCUUGGGCUGGGCAAGAAUGAUGAGGAGAAAGAUGAAACUGGCCUUUUUGAUAAGAAGGCUGGCACUGGCACUGGCACUGGCACUGGCACUGGAACUUGGAACUGACAGGGGCUAUAAAUAUUAGUAAUUUAUAAGU